GACUGGGUGGAAUUGUACAACGUGACCCCCGUGUGCAUCUGGAAGCUGCGUCCUUGUAUCGGACUCAAUCGAUAAGAAUCACGAUGCAGGUGUCUCUCGUCCUCAUGUAUUUCAGCUCGGCGCUGCUGCUGCUGCAGGGGUGCUGUACCACGGUGCAGGGAUGGAAGGUUUUAAAGAAUGAUGCCACAGAAAUCAUACCUGAAUACCCCGAAGAAACGCCACAACCGGAUGAACCCCUACAAAUGUCUAAUAAUACAAUGAAUCGGCCAAAACACGGAGGACGGAGGAGAUCUGCUAAUACCCCCUCGUAUGGUGCCUCUGAGCUGAGCUGCCGGGAGCUACGCUCUACACGCUACAUUACCGAUGGGUCCUGCCGCAGCGCCAAGCCAGUGAAGGAGCUAGUGUGCUCAGGCCAGUGUGUGCCCUCCCACCUACUGCCCAACUCCAUCCUGCGGGGCAAGUGGUGGCGCAGCAGCGCGUCCGACUACCGCUGCAUCCCAGCGCACUCACGCACCCAGCGCGUUCAACUGCAGUGCCCACACGGCAACAGUCGGACUUACAAAAUCCGUGUGGUCACCUCCUGCAAGUGCAAGCGCUACACCCGCCACCAUAACCAGUCUGAGGCCAAGGAGCCCUCCUCGCCCAAGCCCCGCCGCAACAAGAAACGCAGCCGCCCGGCCCAAGAGAGGAGCAAGAGCAACACCCCAGAGAUGGGCAACUCCUACUGAGGACCCCUUGUCCAUCUACAUAUAAACAUACACGCACAUGCAGACACAGCCAACACACACACAAACACACCCCCACAUACUCACUCACACACACAUACACAAACACACAAACGCACACAAGCAUGCACACCGCUCCUCCACUAGAGCGUGAGAAGCAGGGACGCACAAACCAUGAGCUGUGUGCUGGACUUUCCAUGGUGUGCGUCCUUUUCACGGUGCACUAGAGCUAUCCCCAGCAUUCUCUGGACAUGCAUGCUCUGUCGAUUCCUUGUAAUAUGCUACAGAACGGGACACUGUGACUGUUUAGGACAUUGUUGGGGGGGGGGGUCAGGGGGAUCGAAGUGAUGGACACUCUGGUGCAAAAUAGAUUGGAGGUGGAUGGCAGUUACUGAACCUGUCUUCAAAAGUGUGUGGCAAGGUCCUGUUCAAACUACAGAAUUCCCACCAAAGGUAAAAUUACUCUGAGUGCAACCAAUGGGGAACGCCAAUCUCACUGCUUUAAAAACUAUAAGUGUCCUCCAAGUAGACCGUGUCCCUGAGGCAGAAGGUUAUUUCUGCAGCCGAGUUGGUUCCACCUCCUUGAUGUGUAGCAGCACGCCCUCUGUGGCCUGGUCGCUGGCGGGUGCUUGGGCCCUGGAGGUCAGCUGUCACUGGCAGGCCCAGAAGGCCACACGCCCCCGUCUGAGGCUGCUGGAAGUUCUCCAGGCCACAUGCUUGUGCUGCAAGGUGAGGUAACUCUUGCCAGCGGGGCUUCUCUGGAGUGUUCACUCUGCUGUCAAAGGAGGCUGUCAGUCAGAGGCAACACCACCAUCAAUGACUGGGCAACAGACCGAGGAGCUCCAAGAUCAGCUUACCUCAGUCAACUGCACAACGGUUAUUACGCUUACCCAAAACUGAGACUUUUGUUAAUGCCUGAAUGAUCCCACUCCUCUGUUUGCGAUGUGGGUCAUCAGAAGUCAUUCCCUUUCUAUGUUUCCUGUUUAUGACAAGAGAAGAAAAAAGGUCCUUGGGGGGUUACCCAGAAAGUAUUCAAAAGGGGGGGGACCUGAAUGUUGUAAUCUAGGCUGUAGCAUUGCCAUACACUGAAUCCUGCAACAGAGACUCAACCAAACACAGCCACUGUCAGGUCAUAAUGCCUCGAGUGCUAUCUAAGCUGAACUCAGAAUGUGAGGACAGAGCACAGUCUAUGUUUUGCCAUAACAGGGAAGAGUGAAACAAUAAGAAUAAACUCAUAUAAAUAAGAAUUGUUAUAAUUCAUGCUGAUUUCUCACAGGAUGCUCAUAGGAAAGGGCUUGGAGAAGUGCAGAAGAUGUGUUUAGUCUCACAGGGCAGACCGAAGUGUCAUGCCGCUCUGUGCCGCUGAGGACCUUCAUUUAGGGCAUGCAGGAGCUAUUUCCAGGCAAUGAAGACUAUUGCCACGUUUCCGUACAUUGUUCAAAUGUACUUGUUUUUCUCUAUUGCUUCCUGCUCUGUUUUGUAAACAGCACUACCAGUGUUUGCUUCUUUUCAAUUGUGUGUUUGAAAUAGCAACUGGAAGGGAAUUUGUCUUUUAAGCAGAGUUGCCGUGCUAAGCACCAGCGACGCUGGCAUAAAGUCAGAUUGUACAUACUGUACCUGUGUGGUCUAUUGGAGUGGUUCCCUUGCCUGGCAGUGAGCAGAAAAGGGGAGGGGGGGGAUUACAGAGACUCUAGA